CGAAUCAGUUCAGUGUUAGAUCUCUGUUGCGGCGGAGCUACGCUACUUUAUUUCCGGUUGUCGAGUUCAUUUUCUAAAAAAAACGUGUUAUAUUAUUUGUAUAUGACUUAAUCAAGAACUAAACAAGGAAAAUUUAGAAAAACAAACAAUAAAAGUAGCGACUUCGCUACACCAACUUCGAAUCGCGUAUUCGAAUUAACUUUAUUUAAAUAAAAAGAAUUUUAAUAUUUACGCGAAUUUAUCAUGAAUUAAAAAAAAAAAUACCAAUAAAUUUAUAAGAGAAAAAUAUUAACGGAUUUUGGAUAAAAAGCAAAAUCCUUUGUUGUGUGUCUGUGUCUGUCUAUCGGUUGUGCAGUGAGAGAUCUUGCAGCAGUGAAGUGCUUAAAAAUUGAUAUUUUGUAGCCCGUUUUCAAAAAGGAAAAAUAAAAUAUUCACAUUGUCUGUCUUACAUUUUGGUUGAAAAAAGGGUUAAGAAAAAAUAAAAAACUUGGCAAGAUCUAAGAGGCCAAGCUUGGCCCCAGAGCAUCAUGGAUAACCCGUCGCCAUCAACUUCUUCGUCUUUGUCAUCGUCGUCGUCGUUCUUUUCGUCAUUCUCGUUAUCGUUGUUGUUGUCUUCGUCGUCGUCGUCUUCGUCAUCCGGUUCGUCGUGUUUCUUAUUCUCUGCUGCUACCGCCAUCACCAACAGCUAUUAAACGGGUUUUUUUCUGGUCUGGUCUUCUCUGGUUAUCUCUCUCUCUCGUUACCCACCAAAACCUUACUUCUUAAACCAACCAUCAUCAUUUUUACCUUUAAUUUACCUUGUUGCUGGAAUUUAUCAUUUUUCUUUUGAAACAAAAAUCAAAUAAAGAAAAAUUAAAAAAAAAGGUUUUUCUUCGCUUGUACGUUUCCCUCUUAUGAUUUUAACCUUCAUUCCAUCUCUCUCGCGCUUAUUUUUGUAUUUUUAACGUUAACACCAUCAUCUUAUCGUCUUCUUUCUUCUCUUUGUGAAGAUCGUUUUCUGAGAAAAAAAUAAAGCCAAAAGAAAAAAUCAAAAGCAAAUCAAACAAGUGUGAAUUUGUGUUUAAUAUUUUAUGCAUUGCAUGUGUGAGUGUUUAAUUUUUCGUCUCACCAAAGUGAGAAAAAUAGCAGUAAAAGAAAUUCCAAUGCAAGCUUACCUUUAAAAAAAAAAAGUGUGAAAAACAAAGAUAAAACGAUCGAUCGACAAAAAAGAGAGAAAGAGAAAUAAAUACAAACGUAAAGAAAGAUCAGUGAAAGAAAAAUAUAAUAACGCGAAUUAAGGAAAUUUCGGAAAAUCAAAUCCUUUUUAAAAAUCGUAUCCUUUUUAAAGUUGAUUGAGGAAAUUCAAGAAUCUCAAACUUACUGAAGAAUCUUAGGAGAGAAAACAAAAAAAAAAAAAACAAGAAAAGAAGAACAACGCGCCAAAAGAUUUGAUUGUGUGUUUUAAAGCCUUGAGAGUCCUUUGAAACAAGUGUACAAUUUAAUAUUCUAACGCGACAAGUUCCUGUUUCUCAUUUGUUUAAUUUCUACCUGAAAGAAACAGGUAGUUGCAAUUGUUGUUGUUAUUUGUUGCUGUUUUGUGUGAGUUGUUACAUCUCGAGAACACACACAGGCAGUGUCCUUUUUUUUGAAAUAAUUUUAUAACAACACUCACACACAUUUAUUUAUGUGGACGGAUUAAAAACAGAACAACAAAAAGAAGAAGAAGAGGAAAAAUAAGGGAUUUUUAUAUAAAUAUUUUAUUUAGUCCCGUUUUCAAUUCAAGAAAAAAAAAACAACAACAGUUACCAUCAUCAGGAUUCAGGAUCAGAGCAAGAGUCGGACAGACAACAACUCAACUCAAUGGAUACUUCAAAAUUUAUUUUUAUCGGUCUUACGAUCUUCACUUCAUUAACUAGAGCAGAUGAAUCCUUAGAUACAAGAGAAGGUGCUGAUUUAACAUUAAAAUGUCGCUUCACUGAACAUUAUGAAUCGAAUAAUUUCUCAUUUUAUUGGGCGCGAUGGACAGCGAAUCCGGUGCAAUUUGAUAAUGUUGCUAUUAGUGAUGUACCAUUGAAUUCACAAUACAGAUUGGAUUUUCGUCCGGAAAGAGGAAUCUACGAUUUACAAAUUAAAAAUGCUUCCUAUAAUCAAGACAAUGGACGAUUUGAGUGUCGUAUCAAGGCUAAGGGUACUGGCGCCGAUGUUCAUCGAGAAUUUUAUAAUUUAACUGUUCUGACACCGCCACAUCCACCAAUGGUGUCGCCAGGUAACAAUGCCGUUGCAACUGAAGAUAAGCAAGUAGAAUUGACAUGUAGCAGUAUUGGAGGAUCACCGGAUCCAACGAUAACAUGGUAUCGUGAUGGAAGUACAGUUCCAUUACAAGCACCCUUACAAAAGGGUGGUUCUAAAGAUUUUCAAACUAACGCAACACUAUCGAUUGUGCCGCGUCGUGAUGAUGAUGGUGCCAAGUACAAAUGCGUUGUUUGGAAUCGUGCCAUGCCAGAGGGACAACGUCUGGAGACAAAUGUCGUCUUAAAUGUUAACUACUAUCCACGUGUUGAAGUAGGACCGGAAAAUCCGUUGCGCAUCGAACGUGACCGCACAGCAAAGCUUGAGUGUAAUGUAGAUGCCAAACCAAAGGUGCCUAAUGUCCGGUGGACACGAAAUGGACGUUUCAUCAGUUCUUCGAUGGUGCACACCAUCCAUAGGGUGUCGUUACAAGAUGGCGGCAAGUAUACGUGCUCCGCUGACAAUGGCCUUGGCAAGGCCGGCGAACAAGAAAUCAUAUUGGACAUUCUGUAUCCACCGGUAGUGGUGAUUGAAUCGAAAACCCGCGAGGCCGAAGAGGGUGAGACAGUGAAUAUUCGUUGCAAUGUAACAGCGAAUCCGACGCCGAUAACAAUAGAGUGGUUGAAAGAGAGCAGUCCCGAGUUUCGAUACUCUGGGGAGAUUUUGACUUUGAGUAGUGUGCGAGCGGAGCACGCUGGCAACUACAUCUGUCGAGCAGUCAAUGUGAUGGCCCCAUACAACAGUAAGCGAAUCGAACGCAUCGGCAACUCCACAGUUGCCCUGCUGGUUCGCCAUAGGCCAGGACAGGCUUUCAUCAUCCCCAAUAAGCCGAUAGUGCACGUUGGCAAUGGAGUGACGCUAAGUUGUUCGGCGAACCCACCGGGCUGGCCAGUUCCCCAGUAUCGCUGGUUUCGCGACAUCGACGGAGAAAUCACAAACACCCAGAAGAUCCUGGCUCAAGGUCCACAGUACUCCAUCCCCAAGGCACAUCUCGGCAAUGAGGGCAAAUACCACUGUCAUGCAGUUAACGAACUGGGUAUCGGUAAAAUGGCCACAAUCGUUCUGGAAAUCCAUCAGCCUCCUCAGUUUUUGGCCAAACUUCAGCAGCAUAUGACCCGACGUGUUGGGGACUCCGAUUAUACAGUGACAUGCAGUGCGAAGGGAAAGCCAGCGCCAACAAUCCGAUGGCUGAAGGAUGGUGGCGAGAUACUGCCCGAAUUAAGCCUCUAUGAGGUGAAAACAAAUCCCGAAGAGGGACCAAACGGCAUGGUUACCGUCCAGAGUAUGCUUAAGUUCCAUGGCAAGGCCCGGCCGCAGGGAGAUCAAUUGGUACCUGGCGACCGAGGCUUGUACACGUGUUUGUAUGAGAACGAGGUUAACACAGCCAACUCAAGUAUGCAUCUGCGAAUUGAACACGAACCCAUUGUACUGCAUCAGUACAACAAAGUCGCCUUCGAUAUAAGAGAGACCGCCGAGGUGGUCUGCAAGGUUCAGGCAUAUCCCAAACCCGAAUUCCAAUGGCAAUUCGGUAAUAAUCCCUCCCCAUUGACCAUGUCUUCGGAUGGUCACUAUGAAAUAAACACAACCACCGACAACAACGACAUCUACACCUCAGUGCUGCGAAUUAACCAGCUAUCACAUGCCGACUAUGGGGAGUACACCUGUCGGGUGGCAAAUUCCCUCGACACCAUUCGAGCUCCAAUACGUCUCCAACAGAAGGGUGCCCCCGAAAAGCCCAUCAACUUGAAGGCCAUCGAUGUUGGUCACAAUUUCGUGACACUCUCUUGGGAUCCGGGCUUCGAUGGGGGCUUGAGCACUACCAAAUUCUUCGUUAGCUAUCGUCGGGUGGCGAUGCCUCGUGACGAACAAAUGAUUCCCGAUUGUGCAACACUGGCAACAAGCAACACCGAAUGGUCGGAAUUCGAAUGCCAUAGAGAUAAUCCCUGCAAAGUGACACCCCUCGACCAACAUCAAAGCUAUGCAUUCAAGGUGAAUGCCCUCAAUCCCAAGGGUAGUUCCACAUAUUCCAAUGAGAUUAUGACCACGACAAAGGUGAGCAAAAUUCCACCACCCCUACAAGUGACGUUCGAUCCGAAUUCUCGAACAUUGGCCAUUAAUGUAGCUGCCACGUGUUUAUCGCUGAUUGCUAUUGUCGAAUCAAUGGUAAAUAGUGGCACGGACAAUGCUGCCUGGGAGAUUGUCGACACGGUAUCGUUGCAGUUAAGUGGCAAUGGGCCAACACAUAAGGAGGCUGUUAUCGAUCAUUUGAUUGCAACGCGAAGGAGCAGCGGUGGCAGGGCGUUAGGACAUGAUGAGGACAUACCGAUGGCGUUGGAAGAUGAGAAUAGUCCAACGGUGAGGGUUAAAUUGUGUUUGCGGUCCAAUCAUGAGCACUGUGGAGCGUAUACUGAUGCAGAAAUUGGUCAAACGUUUAUAGCCGAAGCAUCAUCUCUAGCCACGCCCACUCUCAUUGCAAUCAUCGUCUCAUGCAUUGUAUUUGCAUUAUUUGUUGGACUUCUCUUAAUGUUCUGUCGCUGUAAACGAAAUCAAUCGAAAAAAAGUGCAGCCGCUAAGGAUUACGAAAUGGACUCAGUGCGACCAUCAAUUGUUGCCCAACAAAAUCAAGCACCACCACCUUAUUAUCCAGCUAGCGGAUUGGAUAAUAAGGCACUGGAGCAUUCAAUGGAUUUGGCACUUAGCCUGGAGGAUCAAAAAAGUGCUGUAUAUGCAACACAAAACGGCUAUGGCUAUCAUACGAAUAGUGGGCUUCAAGUGCCAGGACACACAAUACCUGGAAAUGAAUGGGUUAAUAUGGGCUAUAUUGAAAAUAGCUAUUCAAAUUCAAAUAAUGGCGGUAGUGUUAAUUCACAAGAUUCACUAUGGCAAGUUAAAAUGUCAGCAGCGGCACAAAAUCAAACACAAAUGGUACCAUCGCAUAAUUUUGUUGAAAGACAACCAUCUUAUGGAUAUGAUCCUUUGACACAUGGGGGUUAUGGUGCUGUAGAUGAUUAUGCACCAUAUCCACAUUUAACAACAACUCCCAGCCAACAUGGUGAUGAGUAUCAUAAUUUGAGAAAUAGCCAAAAUCCAUCCAGACAAGACUAUUGCAGUGAUCCGUAUGCAUCGGUGCAAAAACCAAAGAAGAGAGUUGAUCAGCAUUUAGAUUCACCAUAUCAUGACGUAAGCGGUCUACCCAAUCCAUACAUGGAACACAUGGAACAAGAAGAUGCGAAACCACCACAACAACACAUGUCCCUUAGUUAUGAUGAAAGUCUGGAAAGUGGCUAUUCGACACCUAAUUCUAGAAAUCGUCGUGUCAUUCGGGAGAUAAUAGUCUGAUUGAGGAGUGUGCCAAAAUUAAAACAAAAAACAAAACAAAAACCAUACACAUUUAACAAAACAAACUUAAAGAAUUAAAAGAAAAAAAAGAGGCGAGGAGGCGUGGCAGCUGUACCUACAAUACACAUAAUUACAAACAAGAAACAUUAUUUUCAAAAUCAUCAUAAAACAAACAAAAAUUACGAACGAACGAUUAGAAAAACAAAAUAAUCAUAAUCAAAAAAUGAAUUUUAUCAAAUUGAAUCUCAAAAUCAUGUAUUUUAUAAUAUCAUUUUAUUUUAUUUUAAUUUUCUUUAAAAAUUAAGUUAAGGAACAAACAAAACAAACAAAAGAAUUUAAUAAUUAUUAUUAAUGAAGUAAGUUUUUGGUUUUAAAUUUAAAAAGAAAAAGAAAAACUGUUGCAUAUUACAGGGAGACAUUUAUAAUUUUGGAAAUCAAUUUUAGGGAUAAUUUAAGGAUAACGAAAUAUCUGUUUUUAUAUCUUAUUUAACCCCCUCUCUGUGCUUAUCCCUGUGUUUAUGUAAAUAAUACUUUUUCACAUUAUUUUAAAACACGCGUUUCUCAUUAAAAAUUUUGCGUUCCUUUUUGUAGAGGAAUGUAAAUAUUUUAUUUAUUUUAUUUUUCCAUUGGAAUUUAUUUUAAUUGCUAAAAAUGUAUUAAUUAGAAUGAAAUUGGAUAACGUGAUUUGAUGUUAUUGGAUUUAUUUUCUAUUUUAAAUUUUUUUUUGUAUGCCUAAUGAAUUCGACUUCAUGGACUUUAUGAAAUAUUUGAAAAAGGAUACUAAAUAAUAUUUGUUUGAUUGAGGUUACAUGAAUUUCAAAAGCAGAUUUAUAUUUCAACCAACAUAAAUAGAAAUGAUGAUAUAUUUAUGCAUAAACACGUUUAGUUUGCUUGCAUUGAAUCUACUCCUAUCAACCAAUUCAAGGAUUAUUGAAGAUAAUCACUUAAUUUUAUAAUUAAAAACUAAUUUAAAAUAUAUCAACAACAAAAAAAGAGAAAAUAGCCAUCAAAACCGUAAAAUGGACAGAGUUUUAUGAAAUAGGAAAAAUUAAAUAUGGUUUUUGAUUAAAUGACAUGCAAUUUGAAUCAUUAAUUAACUUCAUCAAAAAUUUGAUAAGGUCAAGCAGAUGACAUAAAAAUUUAAAUAAAUUCGAAAAUUCAAUCUAAAAAAUUUUGAGAUUUUUAACACAUGAUUUUUUGUUAUGACUUGCAAUUGAUAAAGUAAAAGAUUGUUCUUUUGAUUUGAUUGGAUUUUUUGAUUAGUAGUGUGAAUUAAAUUUUUCCUUAAACUGGAGUCAGUUUCAGAAAAAUUGGAAUAGUUUUGACUGAAAAGUUAAGUGGUUUUCAAUAGUAAGUUGCUUUCAAUAUUUCGGAAAUAUUAAGUACUAAAAAUGUAGACAAAACCCACGAGAACUUAGAAAACGCAUAAUUAGAAUUUCUAACUCAGAAGCCUUCACUAUAAAAGACUUGGAUCUCAAAAGCUUAAAAUCAAACAAUAUUUUUCAGAAAUGUGAAUAAUUAAAAAAUAAAUUUGGUGGCGCAACAGUCCAUUGAAAACUAGGACCUAGUGAUUUACAACUCUCAACCAUUCCCGUGUGUGGAGUAAAGUUGUCAGGAAUGGAGGAAAUCCAAUUUAUAGUCACAAGGAAGUGACACAAAACUGACAGCAGAAUACUGAACAAACUAUUAGGUGUUUUCUUUUUUAGUGCAGAACAGAAAGUGAACUGUCAAUUUUUUUACUUCAAUUUUGAAUCUUAUUUCUGGAGAAGAAAAUGACCAGUAAAUUGACAAAUGUCAAAUAAUAAGAGCUUAGGUCAGUUGCCUUUCAGAAAUAAUUUUGAACGCUCAGGACAAACUUAGUUCCGAUAUUCGCUAUGCUCGGACUCAGUAAAGAACCCUUCUCUAUGCU